CACAUUUCACCAACUCUGUUUCUCUUUCCCUUCCAUUGCUUCAUCCAUAUUCUUCCUCUGUUCCAAGAAAAUGGGAAGCAUUGAAGAACAGAGGACUGUAACAGGGCUCGCCGCCAAAGACCCAUCCGGGAUUCUGUCUCCCUACACUUAUACUCUCAGAAACACCGGCCCUGAAGAUGUUUUCAUUAAAGUGAUUUGCUGUGGAGUAUGCCACUCUGAUCUUCACCAAAUCAAAAAUGACCUCGGCAUGUCCAAUUAUCCGAUGGUUCCUGGACAUGAGGUGGUCGGAGAAGUGGUGGAGGUUGGGUCGGAUGUUGGUCGGUUUAGAACAGGGGAGUUGGUCGGAGUUGGGUGUAUUGUUGGAUCUUGUUCGAGUUGUAAUCCUUGCAAUUCCGAUAAGGAGCAGUAUUGUAACCGGAGAAUCUGGAGUUAUAAUGAUGUGUAUCAUGAUGGCCGUCCCACCCAAGGCGGGUUCUCCUCCGCCAUGGUCGUUCACCAAAAAUUUGUGGUGAAAAUCCCAGAAGGGAUGUCGCCGGAGCAGGCGGCGCCGCUGUUGUGCGCCGGAGUGACAGUGUACAGCCCGCUGAGUCACUUUGGGCUGAAACAGAGUGGACUCAGAGGCGGAAUUUUGGGGCUAGGCGGCGUGGGGCAUAUGGGUGUGAAAGUGGCGAAGGCUCUGGGUCACCACGUGACGGUGAUAAGCUCGUCGGAGAAGAAGAGGGUGGAGGCUCUGAAAGAUCUCGGCGCCGAUGAGUACUUGGUUAGCUCCGACAGUACUCAAAUGGAACGAGCCAUUGAUUCGCUGGAUUACAUCAUUGACACAGUCCCUGUUUUUCAUCCUCUCGAGCCGUAUCUGUCUCUCCUGAAACUCGACGGCAAAUUGAUCUUGAUGGGCGUUAUUAAUAAGCCAUUGCAAUUCGUUUCCCCUGUUCUUAUGCUCGGGAGGAAGACGAUUACAGGGAGCUUCAUCGGAAGCAUGACGGAGACGCAAGAAGUGUUGGAUUUCUUCAAAGAGAAGGAGCUGACCUCCAUAAUUGAAGUGAUAAAGCUCGAUUACAUUAACGACGCGUUGGAGAGGUUGGAGAAGAACGACGUCAGAUACCGGUUCGUUGUCGAUGUCGCCGGAAGCAAGUUACCUCAGUGAUGCUGAUCGGCACCAGCCGGAGAAUCUCAGGAGAGAAGACACAGAGUUAUGAUUUACUUUGGGUGGUUGGAGAAAUUCUAAAUGCUUUGUGUACUAUGAGCUUGAACUUGAACGAACAUGUUUUUUUUUUUUGGUUUCAUGAAAUUGUUUUGAACAUGUUCUUGUAGUUUUAUGGGAUUGUUUCAUAAUAAAUGAAAGUAUUUACAAACGA